GCGGUGGGGGAUCUUGAGCCGAAAUGUCCGGACGUGGAAAGGGAGGCAAGGGGCUUGGUAAAGGGGGCGCUAAGAGGCACCGGAAAGUGUUGCGGGACAACAUCCAAGGGAUCACCAAGCCGGCCAUCCGCCGCUUGGCUCGCCGAGGGGGCGUCAAGCGCAUUUCGGGGCUCAUCUACGAGGAAACCCGGGGGGUCCUGAAGGUCUUCCUGGAGAACGUGAUCCGCGAUGCCGUCACUUACACCGAGCUCGCGAAAAGGAAGACCGUCACCGCCAUGGACGUCGUCUACGCCUUGAAACGCCAGGGACGGACCCUUUACGGCUUCGGCGGUUAAGGCAUUUCUCUACCUUUGCUGCUAAAGACAAAACGGCCCUUUUAA